ACAACACAGACACUGCCACACAGUGACGCUCGAACGCUUCAACCAUUCAACAAAAUGGAGAAACCUGAGGCGGCGCCGGUGCCGAGGGUGGGCGUGGCGGUCUUCCUCACCAAGGGCGGAUCCGUACUCUUAGGACGGCGGCUCUCCACCGUCGGCAACUCCACUUUCGCUCUGCCCGGCGGUCAUCUCGAAUUCGGCGAGAGCUUCGAGGAAUGUGCAAUCAGAGAAGUGAAAGAGGAAACGGGGAUGAAUAUAGCGAAAACGGAGUUCCUAACGGCGAUGAACUACGUGCCAGCGGAGGAACCAAAGCUGCGCCACUACGUAAUCAUCUUCAUGAGAGCUGAUCCGGCCAGCGCAGACGAAGAGCCGAAGAACAUGGAACCAAACAAGUGUGAGGGAUGGAACUGGUACGAAUGGGAGAAUCUACCGAAACCCCUGUUUGGGCCAUUGCACACAUUGGUCGAUCAAGGUUUCAAGCCCUUUCCUCCUUGAUUCUCUGUUAUCAUCGUUAAUGGCAAUGAUCGGUUUAUCUUCGAUUUUCUAUUUCCCAGCUGCAAAUCAAAUCAGGGUGGUUCAUGGAGAUGAUUAGAUAAAUGUGAUUGUAAGAAGGAUUUUACAUAUUUUGAUUUCCUUUGGUUCGA